AUGGACUUGGUCCCUGAGGCCUCGCGGGGAGGCGCAGCCGAGGCGGAUUUUCCAAAAGAGCCUUUGGGAAGCCAAAUCCCGGGGCUGGAGCAGCCUCCGGUGCCCACCGACAGCCCCGAUGGCAGCCCGAGGCUGGCCGGGGCCGGGAAGGAGGAGGCGGGCGCGGGCCAGGACCUCGCGGACGACAAGUGGCCUCCGCCUCGCCCCCGGCCCCUGCGGGUGCCGCCGCUCAGCCUGGGCUACGGCGCCUUCCGCCGCCUGGGGUCCAGCAGCCGGGAGCCGCCGUCCCCGGGGCCCAUCUCCGCCGAGCAGCUCCGGGAUGGCGAGGCAUCCGGGGUCGAGCUGCUGCCCUGGGCCGCCCCCGGUGAGCCGGCGCCCGGCACCUGGGCACCCGUGGAACUGCAGGUGGAUGUGCGCGUGAAACCCGUGGGCGGCAGUCGCUCGCCCUCGCCCGCGCCCUCCACGCGCUUCCUCACGGUGCCGGUGCCGGAGUCCCCCGCCUUCUCCCGCCACGCCUCCCCGGCGCACCCGCUCCUGCAGCGGGCGCCGUCCCCGAGCGGCACGAGGGGCCGCGCCUCGCCCCUGGCCGCAGUCCAGACCGAUCGCGACCCGGACGCCGAGGAUCCCGCCAGCCCCGCCCAGGAGCGCGCGGGAUCCCCGGACUUCCCCACGUGCGGCUGCCGCGAGCGCGCCCUGGAGGAGGACGUCGAGCUGCUGCGGCGCGCCGGACUGGAUGGCCAGAAACUGCCCCGGGCCAUCACGCUCAUAGGGCUGCGCAUGUACAUAAAGUCCCUGCGCUCUGCUCUGGUGGUCAUGGCGGUGUUCCUGGCAGUCUCCAUUGUCGCCAUUGUGGCCCUGGCCUCUAGAGCAGGAGCCAGGUGCCGGCCAUGCCCUCCGGGCUGGAUGUGGUCUGAGGAACACUGUUACUAUGUUUCUGCAGAAGCGCAGGACUGGGAGACCAGCCAGGCCUUCUGCACAGCCAACCAUGCUACCCUGCUCUUACUGAGCCACACUCAGGACUUCCUGAGCAGAUACCCGGUCAGCAAACACUCCUGGGUGGGGGCCCGGCGCGGCCCCCAGGGCUGGCACUGGAUCGACGGGAUGUCCUUGCCACCCCAGCUGCUCCCAGAGGAAGACCAGGACACCCCGGAUCUCAACUGUGGGGGCCUGGAGGAAGGCAGGCUCAUGGCUCUGGACUGCAGCUCUCCCAGACCCUGGGUGUGUGCCAAAGGCGACGAGUGA